AUGUCGCUGAAAUGGUCAGUCAGGCGCAGCGAACUAGGAUGUGACGUCAUUAACCUGCGACUCCGGAGUGGAAGGUCCCUCUUGACGCUAUACGACCGGGACCGACAGAGCGCCUGCGGGAAGUUGCCGUGGGGCUGGAUGGGGGCUGCGGCCCGGGGGAAGAAUGGCGAAGGGGCCCUGCAGAGGAGGGAAGCUCCGCGGCUGCGCCAUUCCUCCUCAGUAGCCGGCGGUGAGCUCUUCGCCCGUCCCUCUCCCGCGGGCCGCCCCAGUCGGCUCAGGGUAGCUGGACGCCUCCCUUUCCCCUCCAUGCUUUCCCCAUCCCGCCGCCUUCUCCCGGCGCUUCCUCUUCGCUUUUCCUUUUCUCUCUUUUCCUUGAACCGAGCGCCGCGCCCCUUGAUUCAUUUUCUCCUCUGCUGGCUGCUUGUUUCUUAGGGCUCGUCGUUUCGCUUUCAUAG